GAGAACCAUAGGAUCGAUCCAUCGCCAUCCAUCCACAUCUCCACGUUUACCACCACCACCACCACCAUCGCCAUGAUGCCCACCACCACCUGUCUGUUUCUGCUGUCUGCCUGCCUGGCAGGAGCUUUUGCCAGUGAGAGGCUACGGAGAAGAACCAGCUACAGGCUCCUCGCAGCAAGUGACCCCACAGACGUGCAGAUCAGUGGUCCAAAUUAUGUGACCAUAGGUAUCCCCUAUGGUUUCUCCUGCUCUGCAAAAUGCAACCCAAGGUGCACAUACACCAUGACCCUUGACGGGAAGACAAGUUAUUCGAACCCGCUCAACACCAUCUUCACUACUUAUGUCCCUUCAAAAGUCAUCACUUGUGAAGCUACGAACCCACAGACAGGAGUGACUGCCAGCAUUAGCAAGACCUUUCAAUUUGCAGAGGGGCCUUCCAACUUGGCAAUAAAGGCUCCAAAAAUGUUGCUUCCAAAUGUUGAAUCUACAUUUGAAUGCACUGCUACUUGCCGUCCUUCCUGUCUCUAUACUAUGACAAAUUAUGGGCGAAAACUAAAAGCAAUCAACAGCACUGUUUUUACUUACGUAACACCUGAGCAAAACAUUGCAGAACAAACUGUGUAUUGCACAGCUCAGAACAUUCUGUCUCAGCUUUAUGUGGAAGCGAGUGCAUCUGUACUUGUGGCAUCUGGACCAGGUACUGUGUACAUUUAUGGACAGACAUCUGUGACUGUAGGGGACAAUGUCCAAUACUUGUGCAGCUCAGCUUCAGCUUGCACCCCCGGGUGCACCUAUACGUGGCAUUUCCGAGGCAAAGUGUACGAGGGGAAUCAAGUCCAGGUGCCUAUCUUCAAAGUGGGUAAAGCUCAAGCUGCAAGCAUUCUCGUCCUUGACAUUGAUGAGUACCAUAAGGCCGAGCAGCUGGUGUGCACUGUUACAAACCCUCUGUCUGGCCGGACUAUAAAUGGCACAAAGAUUCUGCAAGUUAAUGAUCCCAUCGCAGUACGGCCCGUCACUCUGACGAAUUCUGUACUAGGCAGUUCUUACACCCUGAUAUGUGAUGGGGCCUCGCAAAACUCCCUCAUCCGGUGGACCAAGAAUGGCAAACCUCUGUCAACAAGUGACAGAGUCCAUCUAGGUGACAAUGACGCCACCCUUACAUUUAAGCCACUGCAGCAGUCCGACUCGGGUGUGUACGCCUGCAAUGCCACUGACCAAGGAAAAGUCAUCCCCGGUGUCCCCUACGAGCUGAAUGUUCUAUAUGGACCACUAAAUCCACAAAUGAUGCUGAUGCCGGCCGAGAAGCUGUUGCCUUAUCAGACAGCCUUUCUUCUUCCCGGGCAUUCUGCAACAUUUUCCUGCUCAGCAGAGUGUAAUCCACCGUGCCGUUAUGCUUGGCUUUUUAACGGUAACCCAGUGAGCAAUGUUACUACCUUCUCCAUCCAAUCAGUGAGUGAAGCUGAUGUGGGAGUUCUUGCCUGCGCACCAUACAAUACAAAAACCUACAACAGGACUUAUGUGAUGAUAACAGUGGAGAUGGCUGACGGCCCAAAGGAAGUCACCAUCUCUGGGCCAAAGUCGGUGCAGGUGGGACAGGCAUCCACUUUUGAGUGUUCAGCAGUCUGCAGCCCUGGGCCUUGUGACUACUCUUGGCUGGCGUACGGGAGAACGAUACACGGCAGCAAGAUGGAGCUGACUAUCAGCCACUACGUAGCAACGGAAACCAUAACCUGCAUAGCACAGAACACAGCCACCAAGAAGAUUGUCGCCACCAAUACCAUAGUUGAUGUCACAGAUCCUCAAUGGUGUGGAUGCUAAGUACGUAACAGACUGUCUACAUGCAGAACCUUGGGUCAGGUGGUAGAGGAGCCUCUUCAGCAGCCUUUUAAUGUUGCAGGUUCGAGCCCCGCUCUGCCUGACCCUCAUUGUGUCCUUGAGCAAGAUACUUAACCCCAAAUUGCUCCCUGUGUGUUGGACAUUGCCAACAGUGUGUGAAUGUGAGUGUGAAUGUGAGGCCUACAUUGUUAAGCACUUUCAGGAGUGGAAAAACACUCCUGCACCAUGUAAACUUACUGUUCAUCUGAAAAUUGACUUUUGCACAUGGCCCUGUCUUGCGUUUCAGAUAAUAAUAAUAAUAAUAAUAAUAAUAAUAAUAAUAAUAACAACAACAACAAUAAUAAUAAUAACAACAAUAAUAAUAAUAAUAAUAAUAUAAUGACAUAAUAAUAUGUCUGGUUAUUGCACGUGCUGUGAAAUGUAACUAAAAUGAAAAACUGUAAAUACAAUGAAUGUAUAAAUAUGUAUUAUAUAUGUUAUUUACAAAAAUAAAA